AUGGGUUCCCGCGCGCCCUACACGCUGGUGGACACCACGCCCGCCAAGACCAUCCUGGUGUACCGCAACGGGGACCAGUUCUACGUGGGCAGGAAGUUCGUGCUCUCGCGGCGCCGCGCCGCCACCUUCGAGGCGCUGCUGGAGCAGCUGACGGAGCAGGUGGACGUGCCCUUCGGCGUGCGGCGCCUCUACACGCCCACGCGCGGCCACCAGGUGCGCGAGCUGGACGCGCUGCAGGCCGGCGGCAAGUACGUGGCGGCCGGGCGCGAGCGCUUCAAGAAGCUCGAUUAUAUUCACAUAGUUCCCAGAAAACCUGGAAAGAUGAGGAAGUUGAAGGAAAUCAAGCCAGUGGUACAUUGCGAUAUAAAUGUGCCUUCCAGGUGGCAAACAUAUCAUCGGAUAUCCAGACAUAUCAAUGUUUUCACAAAUGGAAGAUUAUUUAUCCCACCUAUGAAAAUUAUUAUCCCCAAAUUCAGUCUGUCAGAUUGGAAUAGCGUGCUGGCCACGAUUGGAGAGAAGGUCUUUCCUCUGGGAGGCGUUCGGAAAUUAUUCACAAUGAAUGGGCAUCUUCUGGACAACUCUAAGGAUUUGCAAGACAACCAUUUUUAUGUUGCUGCAGGACUGGAGAGCUUCAAGCAUUUUGCUUACUGGAAAUCCCCAAAAGUUCCCAGUGAUGUCCAACAAAGCUACACGGACACUGAAAAACACCCACAGAGAAAGAAAAAGGUGGAUGCCAAAGGAAAAGAGCCUCGUAAACAAGACAGCCUCACCCCCAGAACACAGGAUUCUGUUUAUUAUGCCAAAGAAGGAAAGAAAGAAACCAUGGUAGAACCUUUAGUCCAAACCGGCGCAGAAGGUGAUGUGUACAAAGCACAGACCCCCACCAAGGAUGCACAAGGGGCGCUGCAAGUCAAGGAGGACCUAGACGUUCCAGUGGAGGUACCUGUGGACCAGGUUCCAGCUGAAAUAGUAAAAGAAGAUGAAGAGACACAGGUUACCACCCCUGAUUUUGAAAGCAAGGCGGUUGAUGAUGAGAGUUUGUGUUUCUCGGCUUGA